AUGCUUAUUAAUCGUUUUAAUCUACAAAAUAUGAGAAAAGAAUGUUUAAAAAACAGGUUUAUUUGCAGUUUGGUAUAUAAAAGUAAAAUGCAGACAGACAAGAUGAUAUUUGAUAUGAAAUGUUCGAGUAUUGGUUGCACGAAUACUGCUAAAUUAAAAUGUCCAACUUGCUUAAAACUUGCUUUAAAGGAUUCCUUUUUUUGUUCACAAGAAUGUUUCAAAAGCAACUGGAGCACACACAAAAUUAUUCAUUCUACGACAACAAAUAUAAGUGGUUAUAAUCCAUGGCCAAAUUACAGAUUCACUGGAAUUUUGCGUCCUGCAAUAGUGACUCCAACACGUAUCGUUCCAGAAAAGAUAGCUCGACCCGAUUAUGCCCUUCAUCCUGAGGGUAUAUCGUAUGAGGAACGAGCUGCUCGAAAGAUAAUUGAGCCAAAGGUACUAAAUGAUGAAGAAAUAGAAAAUAUGAGAGUAGUUUGCAAAUUGGCUCGAGAAGUCCUUGAUGAAGCCGCCCAUAUUUGUGCUCCUGGAGUUACAACGGAUGAAAUUGAUAGAGUAGUUCAUGAAGCUUGCAUUGAAAGAGAUUGUUAUCCUUCUCCACUUGGAUAUUAUCGAUUUCCCAAAAGCGUUUGUACAUCAGUAAAUGAAGUGAUUUGUCACGGAAUUCCAGAUAUGCGACCUUUAGUUAAUGGUGACAUUUGCAAUGUCGAUGUUACCGUUUAUCAUCGUGGAUUCCACGGAGAUCUUAAUGAAACAUUUCUUAUCGGUGAUAAAGUUGAUGAAGAAUCGAGAAAGCUGGUAAGAGUAACUUAUGAAUGUCUCCAAGAAGCAAUUAAAAUUGUGCGACAAGGAACCAAAUUUCGUGAUAUUGGAAAUAUUAUUCAAAAACAUGCGAACAGUAACGGAUUUUCCGUAGUAAAAACUUACUGUGGCCAUGGAAUUCAUCGGUUAUUCCACACAGCGCCAAAUGUUCCUCAUUAUUCAAAAAACAAGGCUGUAGGCGUUAUGAAAGCUGGAAAUACAUUCACAAUUGAACCAAUGAUUAAUGCUGGCUCAUAUAACGAUGAUCGGUGGCCUGAUUCUUGGACUGCGGUUACGGCUGAUGGUAAACGCUCUGCUCAAUUCGAACAAACACUUCUUGUGACGAAAACUGGUUGUGAAGUAUUAACAGCAAGGAGUACGGGGAGACCAUGGUUUAUAGACCAACUUGAAAAAAAUUAUGGAUGA